AUGUCCCAGUACCGAUCCAAUGACAUUCCUAGGACGACGCAGCGGGCGCCCCGAAGCUGCCGAUCUUGUGCCUCUCGUAAGGUCAAAUGCGAUAAAGUGGUGCCGUGCUCGACAUGCAUCAAACGAGGCGAGGCUGCCGCUUGCGUUAGAGAGAUGGUUAUUGUGCGGGGUGAAGUAACAAUAUGGAAGGAUGAAGGUAAACCUACAUACGAGGAGCUGAGCCACGAGAACCAGCGCCUGCGACAGGAAAUCGAGUCCAUUCGAACGGAGAAGGAACGUUUGACUGAGAAUCCGGGUAUCUCCAAGUCAGCUCCGGUACGACCGAGACAUGCGCGCAAUGUCGAGCAUGACGAUGAAGGUCUUGAGGAGAGAUUAUGGGAGAGCCUUUCUGCUGCGUCGACAACCACAGGAUCCAGCAUCUCCACCUGGAAUGAUGUCGUAUUACCGAGCACUGCGUGUAGCGAACAGCUCAUUGCGUAUGACAAGACGUGCAACUCAUGGGUACACUACGCCGUUGAAUAUCCCCGCUUCCAGGAAGAGUGUACUACCUUCAUCCUCGCCGUGGAAAGGGGUCUGGCGCUCAAAGAAGCCGAUCCGUCAUGGAUGGCGGUUUACUUUAGUGUUCUUAGUGCAGCAAUUCUUAUGAUGGGCGGUGAUGAAGUGGACAGGUUACGGCUCCCAGAAGGUUUCGACCGCCAGAGGACAUCUCGUAUGUGGUACGACGCUGCUCUAUUUUCAUUAUAUCGCGCAGAUUUUAUGAGGGUUUCUCGCAUCCAUACAGUUCAAGCCAUUGCAAUUCUUGGAAUGUGCUUCAACAACUGGGGAGACGUGGAAGUUGGCCAGCAUAUGUGGAGCUCUGCCCUGCGAAUAGCGCGGAGAAUCGGAUUGAACACCCCUUAUUCAAACGCAGCUGCUUCAUGUUUGAGCCCUGAAGGCCAGCACCGGUUAUGGUGGACGCUGGUUAUUUGUGAAUGGUUGGCUCUACCAUAUCGGCCUCCAGAAGUUGACGAUAUUGACUUUGACGUGCCCCUUCCGUCAGCCACCUUACCAAAACCCGGGGAAGAUAAUCCAGCCCAUUACCAUGUACACUAUCACAUUUUCAUGGCAAGAACGGCAGCCGCCGUUUAUCGCUUCCGUGCCAUGAUCAGGUCAGGUUCUGGAUUCCUUGAUGAGACAGUAAAGGCCGUCAAAAAGGUCGAUGAGGAGUUGGCAGAAGUGAUUGACGGCCUCCCUCGCCUUCUUCAGCCAGAAACUGAUCUCAAAGAUGAAGAUUUGCAGCAGCUUGAGCUUGCGCACCCUUGGAUCAGGUGGCAGCGCUACGACCUCACAUUGGUCCUUCUUCACCUGCGCCUCCGUAUCCAUCGUACAAUGCAAGCACAGUGGUUGUUGUAUCCUGAUCGGGCCUUAUCCUACCAUAUCUUUGUCUCUGCUAUUCUUCUUCUGAGUGAAUGUCAAACCGACGGAGUGACCGAGACGGAGGAAUAUUACGAAGCGGUCCGCAGUGCCCUCUGCCUGCUGGAGGAGGUGCAACAGUGGAACGCCGUUGCAAAGUACGCAGCUACGAUACUCCGAGAUAAACUCGAUAACAGCGCUUUGGUUAUAAACACGAUGUGA